CGGGUUGUUGUCGUGUGUAUCUGGCGACAUGACCAAACACUAGUGAAGCUGAAGUGAUCAAACUGCAUGUAAUUCUAACAGCAACAAGCAAGCAAGCAAGCAACUACUUUUCUCUGUCUCUUACUUCGAAUCUCCUCUGCGUCAAUUCACACCCAAGGUGUUUCAAGAGAGAUGUGCCUUUCUUGAUAAUCUAUUUUGCGUUCCCAUGGCGUCCACCCUAAAGCCUAGUGGUCAUGGAGCUGAAGCUCAAGAACGCUCCUCUUCAAAUAGUAAUACUAACUCAUCCAAAGCUGAGACGCUAAAGCUACACAAAUCAGAAACAAACCCAGCUGCUGCUGAGAGUAAACGGUUGCCUAAGCGAUCUAGUGAUCCUAAACCUGAUUUCACCUCCUUAUCAACCGUUCUUGAGCAUGUAGAUUCAUUGACUAUUGACAGCAAGAACCAGGAGAAGAAAACAUCAGGCUUUGGCAGCGUCAAAACCAGCUCUGCCUCUGCUAAAAUGAGUGACGGCACGAGCAGUCUCGCCAAAACGAGUGGAAGUACCAAGUUCAGUGGCCACCUAGAUUUCAUGGGGAGUGGCAAGAGCAGCAUCUGCAGGGGAAGCACGAGCAGUGACAUUAGCGAUGAGAGUAGUUGCAGCAGCUUUAGUAGUAGCACUGUCAACAAACCCCACAAGGCCAACGACUUGAGAUGGGAAGCAAUACAAGCAGUUAGGUCUCGUGAUGGGGUUUUGGGUCUGAGCCAUUUUAGGCUACUUAAGAGGCUAGGAUGUGGGGAUAUAGGGAGUGUUUAUCUCUCUGAGCUGAGUGGGACAAAGUGUUACUUUGCGAUGAAGGUUAUGGACAAGACAUCUCUUGCUAGUCGCAAGAAGCUUCUCCGGGCUCAGACGGAAAGAGAGAUUCUUCAGUGUUUGGAUCACCCGUUUCUCCCUACGCUCUACACUCACUUUGAGACUGAGAAGUUCUCUUGCCUGGUGAUGGAGUUUUGUCCUGGAGGAGACUUGCAUACUCUCAGGCAACGCCAGCCAGGGAAGCAUUUUUCUGAGCAAGCGGUAAAGUUUUACAUAGCAGAGUCAUUGCUAGCUAUUGAAUACCUGCACAUGCUGGGGAUAGUGUAUCGUGAUCUCAAGCCUGAAAACGUUCUAGUUCGAGAAGAUGGACAUAUAAUGCUCUCAGACUUUGACCUCUCACUCCGAUGUCUUGUCAGCCCGACACUAGUGAAAUCUGCUGCCAUAGAGUCAGAUCCAUUACGCAAAAACGUUUACUGUCUUGAGCCCUCUUGCAUCCAACCGUCUUGCACCGUCCCUACCACUUGCUUCUCUCCACGCCUGUUCUCAAGCAAAUCUAAAAAGGAACGUAAAUCCAAGAAUGACACUGCAAAUCAAGUUAGGCCAUUGCCGGAGCUGGUAGCUGAGCCAACGGAUGCACGGUCCAUGUCAUUUGUGGGCACGCAUGAGUACUUGGCCCCGGAGAUUAUCAAAGGUGAAGGACAUGGAAGUGCAGUGGAUUGGUGGACUUUUGGGAUAUUCUUGUACGAGCUUCUCUUUGGUAGAACGCCUUUCAAAGGCUCAGGAAACAGACAGACACUGUUCAAUGUGGUUGGUCAGCCUCUACGGUUCCCGGAAACACCUGUGGUGAGUUUUGCAGCGAGAGACCUCAUCAGGGGCCUGCUCAUGAAGGAGCCGCAGCAGCGUCUGGGGUUCAAAAGAGGAGCCACUGAGGUUAAGCAGCACCCAUUCUUUGAAGGUGUGAAUUGGGCUUUGAUAAGGUGUGCGACUCCACCAGAAAUCCCAAAGCCAGUUGAGCUGGAGAGUGGACCUGUAAAUGUUGCAGAGGCACCAUUGAGCCAGAAGACAGCAGCUGGCUUGGUUCUUAAUGCUGAGAAAGGCUCUGAUAAUUAUUUGGAAUUUGAUUUCUUCUAGCGUUAAGGUUAGAGAUAUGUUACUCUCUUCUUACUAUAAAGAUAAUGUGGUGAAAGAUGAUCAAGUGUUGUUUCUCUCUUCAUAGAUUGUCAUGAGAUUGUAUGUUUGUUUUGUCUAUGCAUAAGAUGCUUUAGCUAACUCGAUUAGUAUUUUAUAAGAGUUACCUCUUCUUCUCUAUUCAACCAAACUCAAAACAUAUAUAUAAUCUUUCAUUGUCUC